AUGUCUGGGGGCUCAGGGAGUGAUGACUCUGUAACAGCUAAUGGGAGGGUUUACAUUCCUGAAGUAAGAAAUAAGGAAACACCAGCAGUUGGGAUGAAGUUCGACUCGCUUGACCUCGUUUAUAAUUUCUAUAAUAGAUAUGCAUUCUUGGCUGGCUUUGGUAUUCGACUUCAUUCCAGCUUUUGGGGGGAAAAAUAA